CUGGACACUCCAGCACUCCACAGCCGCUCAAGCAGUCGCUGGCCGUGAUUGAUGAUACAUCCUGAUUCCUCACCGGACCUAUCCCAUACUAUUCGCAUACCUACGGUACCUAGGUCCUAGGUAUUCUAGGUAUAUCCCCCAUGCGUCCGCAAACGGUAGGUCUGUACCGUCUGUACCUGAAGGAUAUAGGGUGUCUGUACCGUGUCUGUAACCACCUAACUGACACUGCCAAAACGGGGGCUGUCGAGACUCGAGAGUCGGGGCUCCAGCGUGCGAUUGCCAGUGUCAGUGCCAGUGCCAGUCAGUGCCAGCUUGCGAUUGCCAGUGUCAGUCAGUGCCAGCUUGCGAUUGCCAGUGUCAGUGCCAGCCAGUAUCGGCGGCAUGUGGAGGCGAGCGAGAUCGCGGAGGUCCACUCCAGCCGGCCGCCGUCCAACACGCAAGUCCGCGGGUUUGCGGUUUACAUGACCACCCACCGGCGACAGGCGGAUCAUUACCAUUGCUGCCCAUCGCGAUACGAUGCAGUGUGGGCGGCUUGCGGCCUGCGGCCAGCCGUCAAGUUGUCUACAGACAUACGGAGAGAGACAGACGCCUUCAAUUGCGACGCCGCCAUCGUCAGGACUCAGGAGAGAUGGCUACGUAUGUUUCCGUUCCAAUCCCACGCCGUACUGUAUAGUACUGAGUAUUCUCCAUACCGGUCUGCAGAAACAGAACAACCCCGGCCGCAGUACCAGCCCGUGUCUGCCGAACGAGCCAUGAUACGGUAUCCGCAGAACACUCAGUUGACUCCAGCGCCACGGGGCCGGGCAUUGACCAGCCCCUACUGCCCCUACUGCCCCUACUGCCCCUACUGCCCCUACUGCGCCCAAUGGAUCGAGAUCGGAGAAAACUCGAUUUCCUGGGCGAGCGAGAUGGCGUUCGCAUUAGGUGAGGUGACAGCGGGCGCCGGCCGGGCUGCGGAUGUGGAUGCGGAUGCGGAUGCGGAUGCGGAUGUGACAUACCGGACGAAUCCACCUGUGUAUUGUACCUGCGGACUGGGUACGGUACUUGCUCCAACUCGUGGAGUCCUGCGAGAGAAGAUGUGCGAGAGGAUGUGCGAGAGGAUGUGCGAGAGGAUGUGCGAGACUGACAGACUGACCGACCGGGAUGCGGUUCAUGCGAAACAACAGCACUACGUAUGCAUCGAAUCAAUGCGUCGGUCUCAAUACGUCGGCCUCAAUGCGUUGGGUGAGAAGACGUGCAACGAGUGA